AUGAUCUCAAACACCGAUCCGUGUCUAAUCGAUAAAGAAGUUAAAACUUGUGAAUGUUGGAUGCAGCCGGAUACAAGACGGAUAUUCAUGCAUAAAAGUGUGCGGACCUGAUGACACGGCCUGCAUGGGAAAUCACACUCGCGAGAUUCUCUACCAGUUUCGCGCCAUCCCGUCGAUGAAGUUCGUGACCAACCCGCUGGAAGUGAGAGAGCUUCAUUUCGAAGGGACGGGCAAGGCUUUUCAGGUGUCGCGGAUACAUACUCACAUGGGCGUUCCUUUUUCUGUGGACUACGGUCUCGACCGCGUUGGUCAACGGCAUUUUCGGAUUGAGCAGGAUAGGAACAUCGGUUCGUUUUAACAACAAGUCUCCCAAUUUUUUCAAGGUUAAGGAAUGAAAAUUUUCUAGAGACCUAAUUUUUUAAAGAAAUAAAGAGUUUAUGAUCAUUGUCAAAAAGUUUUUAAAAAGAUUCGUAAAUAAAAUAGUUUGUAUAUUGAGUUUUUUUCAGUGUUCAAAAAGGCAGAUUUUCUCCCUUUUCUUUUAUAGGGUUUCACAGUUUUUCGAAGUUUCAAUACAGUCCGAAAGCCGAGAAAAUAGUAAGAGCCAAUUAAAUUUGCGAUGAAAAUGUUUUAAGAUGAAUUUUCCCUAAUUCUAAAUUUUCACAAUUGAGUAAAAAACGGCACAUCUUGAGAAUUUCUUGCAACCGGUUAGAUACUUUGAAGAUCCCAGCUAGAGAAGAAAAGUCAAGUUCCUUCGUUUUUAUCUACCAAGUCCGUUUUCAGGAAUCGUGCAGUUGGUGAAGGCGAUCCAAGGACCGACGACCGAGACCAUCAGGGUGAGCAUAAACACCAAGUCUCGCACGGACGUCAUCUUAGCUUUCAAUGUCGCAAUCAUUGAAAUCCACGUCUCACGGCACAGUUUCUAA